AUGUUUAUUUUAUCUUCGCGACUUCGCGCAAGAAUCCCAGUCGCAAAACGCAUCUUUAUGAAGUACUUCCUGCUCGUCAUGCACGUCUGGAAUGUCCACGUCGACUUGGAGAAAGUGUGGCCAACAGAGACCACCGUCGAGGAAGAGGAGAACGUACUCGUACUCACUAAGGAUAAUUUCGAUGAGGUAAUCAACGGACACGAGUUCGUUCUUGCCGAGUUCUAUGCUCCAUGGUGCGGCCAUUGCAAGGCACUUGCCCCCGAGUAUGCCAAGGCAGCCACUCAGCUGAAGGAUGAAGGGUCAGAGAUCAAGCUGGCUAAACUCGACGCCACCGUUCACGGUGACGUUGCCAGCAAAUUCGAAGUCCGAGGAUAUCCAACACUGAAGUUAUUCCGUAAUGGUAAACCUAGCGAGUACACUGGUGGGCGUGAUGCCGCCUCCAUAAUUGCCUGGUUGAAGAAGAAGACAGGACCAGUCGCUAAGACCCUCAAGACCGCCGACGAUGUCAAGUCUCUUCAAGAAGAGGCCGAUGUGGUUGUCGUCGGUUACUACAAGAAUCCCGAAGGAGAAAAGGCCAAGAUCUUCCUCGAAGUCGCUGCUGGUAUUGAUGAUAUUCCAUUCGGUAUUACCUCUGAGGAUGCUGCCAAGAAACAACUUGAGCUCAAAGAGGAGGGUAUUGUUCUGCUGAAGAAGUUCGAUGACGGACGUGCCGUGUUCGAUGAGAAGCUUACUGCUGAAACUCUCAAGCCUUGGAUCCAAGCCAACCGUCUCCCACUUGUUUCCGAGUUCACCCAAGAGACCGCUUCUGUCAUUUUCGGAGGAGAGAUCAAGAGCCACAACCUGCUCUUCGUGUCAAAGGAAUCCAGUGAAUUUGAGAAGCUCGAAUCCGAAUUCAAAAACGCUGCCAAGCAGUUCAAAGGAAAAGUCCUGUUUGUGUACAUCAACACCGACGUCGAAGAUAAUGCUCGAAUCAUGGAGUUCUUCGGUUUGAAGAAGGAUGACCUUCCAUCCGUCCGACUCAUCUCCCUUGAAGAGGACAUGACCAAGUUCAAGCCCGACUUCGCUGAAAUCAACACUGAAAACAUCGUCAAGUUCACACAAUCAUAUCUUGAUGGAGCCCUCAAGCCUCACCUUAUGUCCGAGGAAGUCCCCGAAGACUGGGACAAGGCACCAGUCAAGGUUUUGGUUGGAAAGAACUUCGACCAGGUUGCUCGAGACAACACCAAGAAUGUGCUCGUCGAGUUCUACGCUCCAUGGUGCGGCCACUGCAAGCAGCUCGCUCCUACUUGGGACAAACUCGGAGAGAAGUAUGCUGAUCAUGAAAACAUCAUCAUCGCCAAGAUGGAUGCUACUGCCAACGAGGUCGAAGAUGUCAAGGUGCAGUCCUUCCCUACGAUCAAGUUCUUCCCAGCUGGUUCCAACAAGGUUAUCGACUACACUGGUGACAGAACUCUAGAAGGCUUCACCAAAUUCCUCGAGAGCGGAGGCAAAGAAGGAGCUGGACCAUCUGAGGAAGAGAAGGCUGCUGAAGAGGGAGAAGAAGAGGUGCACACUGAGCUGUAAACACUGUGUCAUCGUGUAGGUGCACACUGAGCUGUAAACGCUGUGUCAUUGUGUGUUGCCGCUGUCAUUCUGGGGUCGCUUGUGGAAUUAUGGGCGACCUGUUGUUACAGUUAAUUUAUUUGGUCUAGGAAUCACCCAUAUACGAGUGAUUUGAACAUUGCCUUCCUGUAUAUGCGUUUUUUCUAUGUUCCUUUAUAUUGAAUUGUGAUCGUUCGUUGAGUGAUGAUGAGUUAUAAUAAGAUAUUUAUUCUUCAUCUCAUUGCAGCACUGCAUACGAUGAACUGGGUUCCCUAAUAAACAUUAAAAAAAUACGUUU